AAUUCCUAGACACCUCCCGGCGAUGUACUCCUGCGACGGCCGAGACCGCUCGGCCACGGCGGCGCGUAUCAUGGAGUCCAGCGCCAAGUACCAGCCAUGCAACACGGCGGCGACGCGGACGGCCGGCGGCCAGGUCCCCGCGGACGCGCAGCAGCAGCAGCCGUCGCCGCGGCGCGCCAGGAGGAAGCACUCGGCGUCGGCGUCGCGCCGGUCGUCAACCACCGUGGUGGCCACCGACGUGUCCAACUUCCGCGCCAUGGUGCAGGAGCUCACCGGCUUCCCGCCGGCCGCCAUCUUCAGGCCACUGCCGCGCCGGGCCCACGCCGCCGGCCGCUCCCUGGCCGCCGCCGCUGCGCAUGGGUGCGGCGGUGCGCUGCAGGGCCACCGUUCGGACGCGGCAACUGUCACCGGCAGCGUCCCGGCAGUGGUGCAGCCGCUGGCGCACCCGCCGCAGUGCGCGCCGCCGGGCGUGUUUGACGGGCUGCCCGACCUCGGGUCGCCGGAGUUCGACACGUGGCCCGACUUGUCCUUCGAAUGACAAUACAGCAGUCCUGGUCGGUAGAUUGUUAUAAUCAAGGGUGACUUGGUAAUUUCCUCCUGCUCAUGUUUAUGUUUGCGUUUGGCAAGUCCUUUUCAAAAAACAAAAGGACGUCAUUUGUACAGCACACAAGUUUAUACAUGGCUAAAGUAAUGAAGGGCUUAGCUUUUUCAUCUGAAGAAAUACAUUCCGGAUUUUUGCUA